CCUCCUUCAACUUUAACCUAACUAAAAACUUUUUUGAGUCAUAUCAAUUUUUUUACAAUUUAAUUUUAAAUUGAAAUUUUAUAAACGACGAAGUGAAACUUCUGAACCCUACAACUUUAAAAGGUACAAUACUUUUCCACAAGAUCAAUUUAUAUGUUCGAAACUGAACUUAGCGCCAUGUCGGGAAAGACCACUAUAAAGGGUAGCCCCUCUCAGUAUGUGAAGCUGAAUGUUGGAGGAUCCCUUCAUUAUACGACGAUUGGGACCCUUACGAAGCAUGAUACAAUGCUUAGGGCUAUGUUUAGCGGUCGGAUGGAAGUUUUAUCAGACUCUGAUGGUUGGAUACUUAUUGAUAGAUGUGGCAAACAUUUUGGCACAAUUUUGAAUUUUCUGAGAGACAGCAGUGUGUCUUUACCGGAUUCGAGUAGAGAAACUGCAGAACUUUUAGCAGAAGCUAAAUACUACUGCAUCCAAGAACUAGCUGAAUCUUGCAACAAAGCUUUACAGAAAAAAGAGAGAGAAGAAUAUAAUCCAAUAUGCAUGGUUCCUCUAAUCACAUCAUUGAAAGAAGAAGAAACUUUGAUCAGCUCCAAUUCAACAAAGCCCGCAAUCAAACUGCUCAUCAAUAGACACAACAACAAGUACUCCUACACCUCUACUUCCGAUGACAAUUUGUUGAAAAAUAUUGAACUAUUUGACAAACUUUCUUUGUGGUACAGUAAUCGGGUCAUGUUUUUAAAAGAUGUAAUCAGCACUGGGGAAAUUUGCUGUUGGAUAUUUAAUGGACACGGCAAAAAGGUUUCUGAAGUAUGUUGUACUUCUAUUGUUUACGCCACUGACAAAAAACACACUAAAGUCGAAUGCCCGGAAGCACGCAUCUACGAAGAGACUUUAAACAUUCUGCUCUACGAGAAUCGCAACGCCCCCAAUCAGGAACUAAUGCAAGCUACUUCCACCAGAGCAGCUGUCAGUGGCAUGUCCACCUACACGAGCGAUGAGGAGGAAGAGCGUUCAGGUAUUGAACGGUUGAGAUCUAAUAAGAGUAGCAAUGCCAGCUGAUUUCUUAGGACAACGGUGAACUGAGCCCGGCUUUCCGUUGCCACCUAUCACCACCAUCUCCGACAUCCACCACCACCCAAUAAUACCGCCCAUAACCACUACCCAUCGUUGUCUUCACCUCAUCGUGCGUCUGGAACUGCUUUUUUCCCGUUAAUAUCUUGUGUUUUACGAUGUUGGUUCCAUCGGCGCAAGUUUUCCCGUAGCCGUAAUGAAUGAUGAAAAAAAUAUAGGUGGGCUAUAUAGGGUAGCAAUCCUGGUAGCAAGAUUAUAUAGAUAGAUGAUGCGGUUGUAAUUAAUUAAUGUUGUAUUUUUUCAUUAUUACCCUGAAAAGUUUGUGUUUUCUAUUUUAAAACGUUUGCUGCCCAUAAUGAAGAUGAUUCUCAGAAAUGUCCUUCAAGCGACACUAAGGAAUAAAUGUAUUUUGUCUAAAUCUAAAAAAAAAAAUCCAUUCAAAUCAAUACAAUAUACUAGGCAUAUAAUUAUACUAUGUAUAUCUAUAAAACCUACAGUGUUUUGUAGUGCAAGACUUUUAUCAAUAUUUUGUAAUAAAUAAACAAUAAAUAAAAUUAUUUCCCAUUAGUAAAUGUUUGCCGUGGUUGCCAGAUUAUGCACAAUUUUCCCAAUUUUGGAAAAAUCUAAAUAUGGCAACUUCCUACUCCGUAUUAACUUAUAACACUAAUAGGUUAAUUUGCAACUGAUCCAGAGCUUUAGAAAAGUAAUUCACUUGACAUCAAAUAUUCGCUUCCAAACAUCUAAUCAUGGGCAUCAAACGGUGUUUUAAAGCCUCCUUGUAUGUACAUACACCUGAAUCCAUAAUUUAACAAAAAAUAUUGUGUAACUACCUACCAAAUUAAUUGUUAAUACAUACAUUGUAUAACCAAAAGCUCUAGACCUAAUUUGCUUUGCGCUGUCCUUUUACACAUAGUUAAUAGCAAAUUAAUACUGUGAUGUUAUAUAUUUAUGUUUAAUUUAUUAUGUCAAAAUAAAUAACGAUUAUGUAAGAA